AUGAUAUGGAAUACAUCAGCGUCACAUAUAAAAUUAAUAUUUCUCAUCUUAAUACGACUAAACAUUAGAGCUGGCCUCAUUUUUGCCAUUGACGACAUAAAAUUUAACGAUGCUGAUGGUAUUAAUCUAAAUAGAGGUAUAGUUGAUGACACACCUACACGAAACAUUUUUAAUAAUAAAAUGGUCAAACGCAAUUAUAAACUUUCAUCUAAAAGAGUUGAUGAUAGUUUAGCGUUUAUUAACUCAAGUGACGACGAUAUGAUACCAAAUGACUUGAUCGUAGUAAAAACCAAAUCAAAGAGAAAUAGACUGUCUCGUACAGGUAUUACAAGGUCAAUAAAUCUAAAAAAACGCGAUGAGAAAAACAAACAUUAUAAUUUAGGAGACGACCGCAGACAUUAUGGAGACGACCGCAUGAUCGAAAAAACGUCUACCUUAUUAAAGCCGCCAUUCUGUAUUGUUGAUGAAAAUGGAUUUCGUUGUGAUGCUACAAAUCAAAACUCAUGGCGAAUUAACAGUGAUAACGGUUUAAUAUUUUCUGAUUUAGGAUUUGAAGGUGAUAAAUGUCAAAUGUUUAUACCACCUAAGAAUCCAGAUGAAGCGACUCUUUUAAUUGGAUUAAUAGUAAAUAGCUCUUUUGGUACUCAGUACUUACCAGACAUUACCGGAACAUGGGAAAGACCUUAUGAUUUUUUAGGAAAUUGUAAACAGCCAUUUUUUUGUGACACAUCAAUUAGUGGAGGUAUCACAACAUCAAAGACAAUUACUAAUGGAACCUGUCAACUAAAAUUUAGUAGAGCAACUCCUUGUUUUAGUGCUAAUCAAUGCGAUACACAUAGAUGUACUAGUGAUUUCAAAAGUGAUCAAGGAGCUCCUGUAGAAUAUGAUACUGUCAUAGCACCAAACGGAACACGUACUUUGAGUGACAAAAUUUGUGCUGCACUUGAUGAUUUACAACGACCUUCUGUAAUCUCUCGACCUCUAAAUCUUCCUACAGAAGCAACUAGUACACUUGAAAUUAUUUUAUUAUCUGUUUUAGUUACAGUUAUUAUUGAUGAUGAUAAGCCUAAUAAUGAUGAUGGUUUGCGUGAUAAAACUUUAUCAUCUCGUAAAGGGAUUUUAAAUUUAUUUUCCACGAGUAAAAAUGAAAAUUUCGGCACAACUUCUAGACAUGUUAGUUUUAAAGGAACUAAUGAUGAUAAUGAACUAAAUUCUUCGGAAUCUGCUAUGGCAUUAAUACCACCUGCACCUGCUAUUAAAAGGUCUUCUCUUUUUAAUAAUUCUAACGAAUUAUAUAAUCAUGGGAAUGAAAUAGACCUUGUUUCAAAUUAUUCUAAUCGUACUAGUCUGGAUUCAAGUAAUCCAAGAGGUAGUAAUGUUGGAAGCAUAGGUAUAAUCAAUAUGACCAACGUUGGAAUUGGUAGAAAUAACGAUAAUUUAUCAGCUCAAAAUCCUCUUGAAAUUUUAAAGUUAGCAAGAGUUCCUUCACAAACUGUCAGAAUUUUUGAUCCCGAUGCAUACCUUCAAUUACAACAAAGUCAAAAUAUGUUCACUCCCCCUGAACAAAAAAUUGACCCUGAACAAAAAAUUGAAGAUCAAUUUACAGAAGCAUAUGAAACAAAUCAAAGAAUUAAGACUCGACUUGAAAAAAUAGAGAAUGAAAUAACGCGUGAAAAUGCAUUAAAUGCAACACUUGAAUUAGAAGAUAUGGUUAUUGUCAAAAAUCCUGAUGAGGAAAUGUUAGAAGAAAAGUUGCGACAAAAAAGACGGCAAAGAAAGUUGGAAAUGUUAUAUAAUCAACAAUUUAAAGGAAAUAACAUGUAA